AUGGGAGAUUCGGAGGGUUUGGGCAUGGGGCUUGGUGGCACCUACAGAGGAGGUUCAGGCAGGGAGGUACUCGGAGGAGGCCUUGGCAUAGGGGCUGGAGUUCUCCGAGGCAUUGAGGAGGUCCACGUGGACACCAACUUGCUGAGGCCAAUACGGCUCCAGGUGGACCCCGAGUUCCAGCGAGUGUGCUCGGAUGAGAGGGAGCAGAUCAAAGCUCUCAACAACAAAUUUGCUUCAUUCAUCGAGAAGGUUCAGUGUCUGGAGCGGCAGAAUCAAGCACUCUUGGCCAAGUGGGAACUUCUGCAGCAGCAAAGCUCUGGCCCUGAGGAGAGCAGGAACAUCAACAGCUUCUUCCAGGCCUACAUCACCAACCUGCAGCGGCAGCUCGAGACACUCCAGAGCCAGAAGGAGCAGCUGGAUCCUGAGGCCUACAACAUGCUCCAGCUUGUUGAGGAUUAUAAAAACAGAUUCGAGGAUGAGAUCAACAAACGCACAUCCAAGGAGGAAGAGUUUGUGGAGCUUAAAAAGGAACUGGAUAGUGCCUACAUGGGAAAAAUGGAGUUUGACAUCCGAGCGGAUAUCCUGAGGCAGGAGCUGGAGUUCCUCCGGUGUUUAUAUGAAGCUGAGCUGUCCCAGCUGCAAACGGUUGCUGGGAACGUUGAUGUUGUUCUGUCCAUGGACAACCACAGGGACUUGAACAUGGAUGGGAUCAUCGAGGAGGUCAGGCGGGAAUACGAGGGGAUAGCCCACAGGAGCACGGCUGAAGUGGAUGCCAUGUACCGGGGCAGGUACCAGGACCUGCAGAACAUGUGGGUGAGUCAACAAGAGCAGCUGAGGAACAGUCACCAGGAAAUCCAGGAACUUGCCAGGCGCAUCCAAAGACUCCAACCAGAAAUUGAAAUCGCAAGGAAAAGGAAUUCCAGCCUCCAGGACUCCAUUAAAGAUGCUGAGCACCGUGGGAGCUCGGCCGUCAGGGAUGGCCAGGAAAAGCUAGAGGAGCUGGAAAAUGCCCUCCAACAGGCCAAGGAUGACCUUUCUCAGCUUGUCCGUGAUUACCAGGAGCUCCUGAAUGUGAAGCUGGGCCUGGACAUUGAGAUCGCCAUGUAUCGCUCACUCCUUGAGGAGGAGGAGAACAGGUGGGGGCAAAAUCCAACCUGGGAUCCAGGAAGGAUCACCGGCCACGAUAUGGAGGCAGCAGCUCUGGAGGGUGGGGGUCCAGCUCUGGUGGUGGGUCCAUGUCUGGAGGAGGAAAAGGCUCAGGAUCUGGAGGAGGAAGUUCUGGCAGUGGAGGCUCCAUCUGUGGAGGUGGAGGAAGUUCUGGCAGUGGAGGCUCCAUGUCCAAGGGUGGCAGCAGCUCCGGAGGGUGGGGGUCCAGCUCUGGUGGUGGUGGGUCCAUAUCCAAGGGAGGCAGCAGCUCCGGAGGGUGGGGGUCCAGCUCUGGUGGUGGGUCCAUGUCUGGAGGAGGAAAAGGCUCAGGAUCUGGAGGAGGAAGCUCAGGCAGUGGAGGUUCCAUGUCCAAGGGAGGCAGCAGCUCCGGAGGGUGGGGAUCCAGCUCUUGUGGUGGUGGUUCCAUGUCCGGCGGAGGAAAAGGCUCAGGAUCUGGAGGAGGAAGCUCAGGCAGUGGAGGCUCCAUCUGUGGAGGUGGAGGAAGUUCAGGAGGAAAAGGCUCAGGAUGUGGAGGAGGAAGUUCUGGCAGUGGAGGCUCCAUGUCCAAGGGAGGCAGCAGCUCCGGAGGGUGGGGAUCCAGCUCUGGUGGUGGUGGUUCCAUGUCUGGAGGUGGAAAAGGCUCAGGAUCUGGAGGAGGAAGCUCAGGCAGUGGAGGCUCCAUCUGUGGUGGAGGAGGAAGUUCAGGUGGUGGAGGCUCCAUGUCCAAGGGUGGCAGCAGCUCUGGAGGGUGGGGGUCUAGCUCUGGUGGUGGUGGUUCCAUGUCCGGAGGAGGAAAAGGCUCAGGAUCUGGAGGAGGAAGUUCUGGUAGUGGAGGCUCCAUCUGUGGAAGUAGAGGAAGCUCAGGCAGUGGAGGUUCCAUGUCCAAGGGAGGCUCCAGCUCUGGAGGGUGGGGAUCCAGCUCUGGUGGUGGUGGGUCCAUGUCUGGAGGAGGAAAAGGCUCAGGAUCUGGAGGAGGAAGCUCAGGUAGUGGAGGCUCCAUCUGUGGAGGUGGAGGAAGCUCAGGCAGUGGAGGCUCCAUGUCCAAGGGUGGCAGCAGCUCUGGAGGGUGGGGGUCUAGCUCUGGUGGUGGUGGUUCCAUGUCCGGAGGAGGAAAAGGCUCAGGAUCUGGAGGAGGAAGCUCAGGCAGUGGAGGCUCCAUCUGUGGUGGAGGAGGAAGUUCAGGUGGUGGAGGUUCCAUGUCCAAGGGAGGCAGCAGCUCUGGAGGGUGGGGAUCCAGCUCUGGUGGUGGUGGUUCCAUGUCUGGAGGUGGAAAAGGCUCAGGAUCUGGAGGAGGAAGUUCUGGCAGUUGUGGUUCCAUGUCCGGAGGUGGGCAGAGCUCCGGUGGUCAGGGAUCUGGCUCCAGUAGCAGCAGAUGCAGCUCCCAAAGUGGAGGCAUGA